AUGGUUGCAAUGCGCUUCCUGCUCGCGUGGCCUCUUUUGGUCCAGGGGCUGCAGCAGGCGCACUUUAGCUUCUUGCACGUCUCGCCCGAUUCACUCGCAUCCAGUUCCACAACAGGUGUUUGCAGCGACGCUAACCUGCUCAACGCGGCAAAACUUCGUGCUCUGGUAGAGGUGUCACGCAGCUUCAACGACACCACGCCCUUGGACGAGGUCUUGGACGUCAUCGCCAGGAUGCACCAGCUGCGGAAACACAUGGUGCUCCCACAGCCUGCAGCCAACGUGGCUUCGAUCGCUGCGGCGCCGGCGCAGCUGAGGAGCAUGGCUCUGAAGGCGGCGGCGCCUGAGCCGCAGAUGGUGCAUGUCCUGAUGGGAUGGCUUUCGUUGGACGCAAUCCUUAUGCUGGUGACGCUGGUGGUUGCGCUGGCCAUUGCUCUUGCGGCUGUGCUGAGCUGUUUGCGCGCGUCGCGUGAAGAGAUGCGAGCAGCAUACGCCCAGAUCGACGCCGUCAAGGCGGAAGCUCGCGAGACUCUUCGCGUCAUGGCGUCCCGCUUUGCUGCUUUACAGGCCAUGCCGCGCUUGGCUUGUGCACGUGUCGUGCUGGCAAUUUUUCCUGCCAAUUAG